AUGGAGAUGGUCAGGGGGUCGAAGGGCUUGCCCUGGGAGAGUGCUCUUGUGGUUCCUGGAAGCCACGAGGCUCACCUGGAGGAAGAUAAUCUGCGCUUGCAGGAGGAGCUGGACAGGGCUGACGCGGAGCUGCAGGAGGAGGAAGAAAAGCAUCUUCAGUCUGAGCAUUGUGUUCCUGACUUGAAGAGUGCCUUGGAUGCCAAGAAAAGAGAGGCAAUAACUUCCUCCCAGGAACUGCAGGACCUCCUGGAAGAAGACGCGCAAGACUUUGCAAGUGAGAACAGCGGAUUGGAAGCCACUGUCCAGCAGCCAAGCGAGAGCGUUGAAGCCCUUCCGAGAGCCCUGCAAGCCUCUGCCUCAGGUGGUGAACUUUCCCAGCAGCUGGACAUGGAGCCUGGAACAGGCAUGCAGCUCGAGGCCCCAAACCAGGCUUUGCAAGAAGAGCUGUCCACUCUGCUUGGGAAGUGUGAACAACUGGAGAAGAGCAAAUGUCAGCUGCAAGAAGAGGUGACAAAACUCCACCACCAUUUGGAGACUUUAGUGGUGGAUGGCAGCCAAAGAGAACAGUGUACAGGAGAGGUGGCAGAAGGAGCUGACCAGGAAAGAAGUCCAAAGCUACAAGAGGUCAGCCUCGUUUUGCAGCUCCUGGGUUGUGCCUUGAUUGCUGCUGGGAGUGAGGAGGCAGAGCCGCCUCUCUGA